CACCCCAGGGAUGAUAUGAGCACCCAAAGAGCAGGGCGAGCAUCCCAAAAAUGAUAGAUGAGCAUCCUACAAAUGGGGUGAGCACCCCAAAAAAGAUGGAUGAGCACCCUACAAAUGGGGUGAGCACCCUGGAGAUGACAAAUGAGCACCCAAAGAGCAGGGCGAGCACCCCAGGGUGCCCGGAUGGGGAAGCAGGGGAGAGGCAGCCGUGGCUGGGCCAUGGGGCCGCGUGUGCAAGCGUGUGUGCACGCGUGUGCACGCGUGUGCGCCGAGGUCUGUGAGUGACACCUGCUGUCAGAGCCCUGCCAUUUCACGCCGGGCCCAUUCCCGCCAGGUCCCCACGGGCCACCAAACCCAGCCAGAGCCACCGCGGGCCGAGCCGGAGCUCCACGGGCACCCAGGGGUGCGCCGGGGGCUGUGCGGGGCCAAGCAGCCCAAGCCCUGCGUGGUGAAACCAGGGGGUGCUCGGGGGAGGUUUGGGGGGACCCUCUUGGUGCUGUCCCAUCGCUGUGCCAUGGUUUGGGGUCACAGUCCCCAGCUGAGCAUCCACGGCAGGAGAUGGGCACAGCGGUGUCCCCGCGGUGCCAUCCUGCUCUCCUGUGCCCCAUGGAGCUGGGGGGGGACAGGGCUGUGUGCCCCCAGCUGGGUUCGGGUCCCCCCAUCCCAGGUGUGGGACGUGGGGUGCUCAGCACCAGCUAUCCCCUCCCCAUCCCCAACCCCAAACCCUCCCAAAACCUUCUCCUCUUUCCCUUUCUAGGACUUCCCCAUGCUCAGGGCCCGACGUUCCCACCCUGUAGGGGAAAAAUCUCCUCCGUGCCUCGCCUCCAGGCAUCUUUUUGCCCCCCCCCCAGGCAGCAGACCAUCAGGGAUGUGCUCUCCCUCUCAGCCCUCCAUUGCAAAACCUCCUCCGCACGGCCGCGGCAGCCAGUAAACUUUUCCCCUUCGAGCGAAUAAAUAAACCUCAGCAAACCGGUCUCGCUCUGCUUCCCCACGCCGCCCCCGGCCCCCACAUCGCGGGGCUGGGAACUGGCGGAGGAGCCGCCGAGCUCAGCCCCAACCUCUCCCCGGGCUCCCGAGCAAACAAACUGAAUCCCCCGUGCAAAACAAGCCGGGCUUUUGAAAUGUUUUCCCUUUCCAUCCCGCUCUUCUGCUUACACCGCCGGGGAGGAUGUGCGAGGGCUGAGGCCCCGGGUGAUGUCAAGCCAUUAUGUCAGGGGCUGGCCGGGUUUUUCGGCCCCGCUGUUGCCCCUUUUCUCAUGGAGACCUCCGGGGACCUGGCUUUUGUUUUUCCCCUCCCUCCACGCAAGCUCCUGGGCAGCGUCUCCCUUUUGGAGGGGGUCCCCCAAGCCCCGCAGCCCCCCGCUGGGUGCUCAGCCACGAGCUCCUCAUCCCUUCCCCAGGGUGGGCAGCGGUGGGGGCUCCGCCGCCCUGCGCCCCAUGGCGCACAGCUCGCCCGCCCGCCCCACGGAGCCCCGGAGGCUCUGGUCUGGCUGCGAGGCUGCUCCCCCUGACGUCUCGGCCAUCUGAUGUUUGCUCGAGCCCUGGGAUAAAUAAACCUCGGAUCUCACAGCCUCCCACGCAGCCGGCCAGCUCCCGCAGCCCGCGCUCCGCCGUGCCGUGCCGUGCCGCGCCGUGCCCGUCGGUCCCCCGCUGCGGCCCCAGGUGCCGCGCUCUCGCCGCCGCUCAGCCCUGCCUUGGGAGGACGAGCUGCUCGCGCAGGACCAGCCGGCUCCCCGAGCCACGCCGGGGCCAUGGGGCUGUGCCGGGGCCGCUUCCUCGCCGUUCUGCUCAUCCUGGUAGCCACCGGGGCUCGGAGCCAGGAGGAGGCGCCGUGCGCCCUGCACGUGCUGGUGGCCCUGGACGUCACCGAUUUCCAGCAGUCCAACCUGCAGCCCUACCUGGAGCGCGUCCUGCGGGACCUGGCCGCCUUGGAGAGCCUCACCUGCCGCCCGCUCAGCCUCCACCUCAGCCUGCAAAGCGUCGGGCAAGGGGGGGACACCAUCUUCCAGGGGGGGCUGCAGGAGCCCUGGGCAGACGUGCUGCGGCGCCUGGCGCGGGCGCACGCCUUCCAGCGCUCCUACUUCAACCAGCUGGCCCUGCAGAGCUUCCUCGGCACCCUGGCACGCCAGGAGGAGGACACCAAGGCGCUGCUGGUGCUGACGGACGGGCUGGAUGACGAGGUGCAGCGGAUGAAGGAGGUGGCCACAGCAGCCUGGCUGCAAGACCAGGCCGACCUGCUGCUGACCGUGGCCGUGAACAACGCCACGAGGCUGGGGGAGCUGCAGCAGCUGGAAUUUGGGCGGCGGAUGGGGAACGGGCAGCAGCUCUCCAUCGACAUGCCCGAGGCUGGAGGGCACGUGGCGCAGGAGCUGCUGGCACUGGCGGAGAGGACGUGCUGUGGGACGUGUCCCUGCACCUGCGUGGGGCUGCCCGGCCUUCGGGGCCCCAGCGGCCCCUUGGGGAGCAAGGGGGUGGCCGGCAGCAAGGGACGUGCUGGAGACGAAGGCGAGCACGGGCACAGCGGGGAGCAGGGACCAGCAGGUCUGCGGGGCAGCCGAGGGAUGCAGGGAUGCCCGGGGCAGUGUGGAGCGAAGGGCGCCGUGGGUCACCCCGGGGAGCAGGGACCUCCUGGAGAAGCCGGCUCCGACGGGGUGGACGGGGAGCAGGGUGAAGCGGGGACCCCCGGGCACCCCGGAGAGAAGGGGACCCGCGGGAGGCAGGGGCAGAAAGGCUCCCGGGGUGCCCGGGGGGAGAAGGGACCCCCAGGUCCCCGCGGAGCGGUGGGACCACCCGGGAGGAGCAGCCUCGAGCCCGGCCCCCCAGGGUGGAGAGGAGAGGGGGGCCCCCAGGGUGACCCCGGUCCAGAUGGUCCCCAGGGACCACCAGGGCCACCGGGCCCCCCGGCUCACCUGACCUCGUGCCAAAAAGGGCAGCCGGGAGUGCAGGGCAAGAAGGGGAACCGCGGCAGCGCCGGGCAGGGGGGCGAGAAGGGGCACGAAGGCGCACAGGGGGUGCCGGGGCCACGGGGGACAAAAGGUGUCAGCGGCAGCCCGGGGAGCAGAGGAAUUCAGGGUGCGCCCGGAGCCGAGGGUCCUGUGGGAGCUGCGGGGCCAACCGGCCCCAAAGGGGACAAGGGCCAGGAAGGAGCCAGUGGGCAGGAAGGGGAGCGCGGGACCUCGGGGACCCAAAGGUGCCCUGGGCGAGAUCGGGUGCGACCGGCGAGGCGCCCCGGGGAGACAGGGAGCGAAGGGUGUUCGGGGGCUGCCGGGGUUCCCGGGGGUGCAGGGCCAACGGGGCGAGCGAGGAGCCCGCGGGGACAAGGGCAGGCGAGGGCUGCCUGGGCGCAUGGGAGAGCCUGGGAGCAAAGGAGAAGCCGGCAGCCACGGCAGCCUGGGACCACCGGGGGUGAUGGGCCCCAAGGGCUCUCCGGGCAUCCCCCCCUCCACGCCCUGCGAGCUGAAGGCUUUCAUCCGCCAGCGCUGCGCCUCCAGCUCGCCCUCCUGCCCCCUUUUCCCCACGGAGCUGGUGCUGGUGCUGGAGACCUCGUCCACGGUGCCUCCGCCUCUCUUCUCCCGCAUGAAGGAGCUGCUGGCCCUGCUGCUGAGCGACCUCCACGUCUCCCCGGCCGGCUGCCCGGCGGGGGCUCGCGUGGCCGUGCUGUCCUACGCGGCCUCCCCCAGCUACCUGCUGCGUUUCGGGGAGGCGCAGAGCGGGGCCGCGCUGCUGGGGCGCCUCCGCCGCCUCUCGCCCAGCCGCUCGUCCCAGCGGGGCCGCCUGGCCUCCGCCAUGCGUUUCGUGGGGCUCCACACCCUCAAAAGGGUGCGGCGGGCCGUGCUGGGCAGGAAGGUGGCCCUUUUUGUCACCAGCGGUCGCAACCAGGCUCUGGAAGGCGUCGGGGAGGUCGCCCUGCAGUACGAAGCGCUGGGCAUCGUGCCCGUGGUGCUCACCUUCAGCCCGCUGCCCGAGGUGGUGCGAGCUUUCCAGGUGAACAGCCUCUUCCAGGUGCUCCAGCUCUCCACGACAGAUCCGGACAGGGACGCGGAGCUGCUGCAGCAAACCCUGCUGCCCUGCGUGCUCUGCUUCGACCUCUGCCACCCCUGAAAGCUGCCCCGCAGCCGCGCCGCCCCGCAACCCUCUGCGCCUGGACGCUGACCUGGCCCUGGUGGUGGACAACGCGGCGCUGCCGGCGAGGAGCCUGGAGGCCGUGGCAGAGCUUUUUGGCAACCUCUUAGGGCGCCUGCAGCCGGCGCAGCGGGGUGCCCGCGUCACCCUGGUGCUGACCGGCCCCACCACCCCCCAGCAGGGUUUGGGGGAGGUCGAUUUGGGGCUGCAGAGCCCCGGGGAGCAGCUCCGGGAGCGCCUCCGCCUCGCGCUGGUGCCCAG